UAUCUAAUUACAUUUUUUAAUUAAUCUGAAAAAUAUAAUUAUUUUUAUAUUAUAUGUAAAAUAUUAUAUAUAAAAUGAUUUUUUGUUGAAUAAAUUAUUUUUUAUAGAUCUGUAAAUAAUAAUUUGUGUCGAUAAUUUUAGUCUCAAUGUAGUCUAAAUUUGACAAUUUAAUUGGAUCGUUGAGAUUUGAAAGUUUUGCACGUGUUGUAUUUUUAUUUUUUGUUUUUGUUACAUAUAUAUAUAUAUAUAUUCUUAUAUUUGUAUUCAAUAGCUUUAUUUUUGUUCAAAAUAAAUAUGAAACAGUAAAAAUAAUAAUAAACAAUAAUUGUAUAUAAUUAUAUAUACAUAUAUAAGAUGAUGUGCUAUAGAAAAUUUAUAUAUUUUACACGCUCGGAAACUUUAUUGUGCACAAGAAAUUGUUUAUUAAAUUUCUAUCAAAAUGCAUCAAAAAAUGUAUUAAAGUAUAUAAAUGAAACAAUUCUUCCAUCAAAACCGAAGAAACCAAUAUCUCCUUUUCUUUUAUAUGUAAAAGAUAUUAAAUUCAAAAUCGAACAAGAAGAAUCUAAUAUAAAAUAUUCAGAAAUAUUGAAAAAGGCAUCCAAAGGAUGGGCAGAAUUAGAUCCUAUUGAAAAGGAAAAUUUUAGAAAACAAUAUGUAAAAAAUUAUGAAAUAUAUACAAAGGAAUUAAAAAAAUAUAAUAAUUCUCUUACUAAUGAACAAAAGGAAUUAUCAGAAAAAAAAAAAAAGAAUAUGAACAAUAUAAAGAAACUAAUAAACAGGUACUUAUAA